ACAAUAAACGUCAUGAUGCUGAGCUGCUAAGAGGAAAUGCUGGCCCGCUGGCUGCUGAGAAGAACUUGUGUUUUUUCACCUCCUACAGAGCAGAAAGGCUUUGUACAAAUCAAUAUGGAUUCAAUACCGUGUGGCUCGUCUGCUGGGACUUGAAUGUCAGUCUGACAGAAGCAACAUAGCUUCACUUAUGGCCAGUCUGGAAAGAAACAACAGAAUCCUGCUCGAUUUGGUGCGACAGCCAGGUAACAACGUCUGUGCCGACUGCGGGGCUCCUGAGCCUGACUGGGGCUCCUGUACUCUUGGUGUGUUUGUGUGCCUGAACUGUUCGGGGUUACAUCGUAAUUUGCUCACCCUCAACAGAGUGAAAUCCAUCCGCCUGGAUCUCUGGGAGGAUUCACUAGUCAAGUUCAUGCAGGAAAGGGGGAACUCUGCAGCCAAAGCCAUUUUUGAAAAGUGUGUCCCUGCUUUCUACUACCGGCCACAACAGAAGGACUGCAUAGUUCUUAAAGAACAGUGGGUCCGAGCCAAGUAUGAAAGAAAAGAAUUCACCGGAGAAAACUGCUUCCAUCGGCAGGCUUACAGCUCAGACAUGUUUGAGGCUAUACUGUGGAAGAAGGGCAAAGACAAGAAGCAGUUUCUCAAGAGGAUCUUCCUGCUGUCCCGGAAAGACUUCACCCUAAAGUACUUCAUUAAAGAGGAUUCCAAGUCUCCCAAAGCUGUCAUCUCCAUGAAGGACCUGAAUGCAGUUUUCCAGCCAGAGAAAAUCGGUCAAGCUCACGGCCUGCAGAUCUCCUACCUGCAGGACGAACGCACGAGGAAUCUGUUUGUGUAUCACGAGAGUGGACAUCUUAUUGUGUCCUUUUUCAAUGCUAUACGGGCAACACGCUUGUCUUACCUCCAGAAGAAAAAUCCCACUCUUCAAACCAAUGAAUUAAUACCUCAGAUUACAAGACACUGCCUGAAGGAGGGAUACAUGGAGAAAACCGGCCCAACGCAACGGGAGCCCUUCAAGAAGAGGUGGUUCACGCUGUGCUCAUUAAACAGGAAGCUCCUUUACUUCAAAACUCCUCUGGACGCCACAGAGCUGGGCGCUGUCUUCAUCGGCACGGAGGGCCACAGUUACUCUGUUUCAGAGUUCAGCGGGCGGAGCUCGAGGGGAGGCCGCUGGCACUGUGGCAUCACGCUGGAGACUCCGGGCAGGCAGUUUAUGUUCAUGUGCGAGCUGGAGCAGGAGCAGAAGGAGUGGCUGGAGGCCUUCACAAAGGUCAUCUCUAAGCCCAUGACCCCUGAGGACUACUCUAAUGAAGCCACCUUGAGGAGGGGGAAAUGAAGAUCCUUUUGGGACAGAAGGGGCCGAUGCCUUACU